AUGGCGUCAGACGCCGUCAAGUAUACGCCGAUCCACAACGGAACAACAACAACAAAAACCGCCGCCGCAGCCGAGAUCAAAAGCUUCUUCUCCGCCUUGAAACCAAGAAAAACCUCAACUUUCGCUUACGCCUUUUUAAUAACCUUCGUCUCUUUCACUCUGUUUUUCGCCUUUAGUCCUUCUACAAACUCAUCUUCCCCUUGGUUCUCCAACAUCUUCUCCUCCUCCUCCUCCUUCUCCACAACCACCACUGCUUCUUCAUCAUCAGACAACACUUCCGGAUCUCACGUCUCUUCAAUCUUCUCCUACAUCAUCCCCAAUGCCACUUUAACUAAACCCGCCAAUAGAUCUAGCGACGUCCCUGUCUCUGUCAACUCCACCGUCUCCGACGUUGCUAAAAACACUACUUUACAAGCGCUGGCGCCGGAAAAUCGAACUCCGGUUACUAAAAACGUAACCUUUGAAUCUCAGAUCGUAAAGGGGACAGACCCAGUUGCUAAAAACAGUACUUUGCAAGCGCCGGCGCCGGAAAAUCUAACUCCGGCUGCUAAAAACGUAACCUUUGAAUCUCCGAUCGUAAAGGGGACAGACCCAGUUGUCAAAAACAGUACUUUGCAAGCACGGGCGCCGGAAAAUCGAACUCCGGUCGCUAAAAACACAACCUUUGAAUCUCCGGUCGUAAACGGAACCGACCCAAGUUCUCAACCUCUGUUUCCAGCUAAGUCUCCGACAGGAUCGAGUAAUCAGACACGAACCACCGGUGAUGUUGGAAACAAGACAUCAACUCAAUCUCCAUCGAAAGCACACGUGUCGGUGGAUCUGACAGCCAAUUCCACCUCAUCAACGGCUUCUACACCGAAAAAGCAAAUCAGUAAAGGUGAUUCAGUUUCUUUAGAUUACAAUUGCACAGUGGAGUUCUUUGUUUCACCCUUCUUGGUCCAAGAAACUGAGAUAAUUGACAAGAAGGGAACAAAGAAGGAGACUCUUCGGCUUGAUUUGGUUGGCAAGUCUUCAGAGCAAUACAAAGGAGCUGAUAUUAUAGUCUUUAACACCGGACAUUGGUGGACUCAUGAGAAAACAUCCAAAGGGGAGGAUUAUUAUCAAGAAGGAAGCAAUGUAUACCACGAACUAGCUGUACUCGAAGCUUUCCGUAAAGCAUUAACCACAUGGGGUCGAUGGGUUGAAAAGAACGUGAACCCUAACAAGUCUCUUGUUUUCUUCCGUGGCUACUCCGCCUCACACUUCAGCGGUGGGCAAUGGAACUCAGGAGGAGCAUGCGAUAGCGAAACAGAACCAAUCAAGAACGAGACGUAUCUAACUCCUUACCCGGCUAAAAUGAAGGUGUUAGAGAGAGUGUUAAAGGGUAUGAGAACGCCCGUCACGUAUCUAAACAUCACCAGAUUAACAGACUACAGGAAAGAUGGUCACCCGUCAGUGUAUAGAAAGCAUAGCUUAUCGGAUAAAGAGAAGAAAACGCCGUUGUUGUAUCAAGACUGUAGCCACUGGUGUCUCCCUGGAGUUCCUGAUUCUUGGAAUGAGAUAUUAUACGCUGAGCUGCUCGUUAAACUCAACCAGCUUGGCCAAACACGACGGAAUCCUUAA